AUGGCGUCCUCUAAUGUGCCUAUUAUUAUGGACAAUGGUACCGGCUAUAGCAAGCUAGGUUAUGCCGGAAACGAUGCUCCUUCGUACGUUUUUCCAACAGUCAUUGCAACACGAUCAGCAGGUGGUCCAAGGCCAGCGGUCCCUUCGAAGCCUUCGUACUUGGCUCCAAAAGGUAGUGGCCAUCUCUCAGGAAAGCGCGGAACGGAGGAUUUAGACUUCUUUAUUGGUAAUGAUGCUCUUAGCAAGGCAUCUGCUGGUUAUUCUUUAGAUUACCCAAUUCGUCAUGGUCAAAUUGAAAAUUGGGAUCACAUGGAACGUUUUUGGCAACAAUCUCUCUUUAAAUAUCUUCGUUGCGAGCCUGAGGAUCACUACUUUCUUUUGACUGAACCUCCUUUGAAUCCGCCUGAAAACCGUGAGAAUACUGCUGAAAUUAUGUUUGAGUCCUUCAAUUGUGCUGGUCUUUAUAUUGCCGUUCAAGCAGUUCUAGCUUUGGCUGCUUCUUGGACCUCUUCGAAAGUCACUGAACGCUCUUUAACAGGCACUGUCGUCGACUCUGGUGACGGUGUUACCCAUAUUAUUCCGGUGGCCGAAGGUUAUGUUAUAGGCUCCUCUAUUAAGACCAUGCCCAUUGCUGGUCGUGACGUUACUUAUUUCGUUCAAUCUUUACUCCGUGAUCGUAAUGAAAAUGAUUCCAGCUUGAAAACUGCUGAACGUAUUAAAGAAGAGUAUGCUUACGUUUGCCCUGAUAUUGUCAAAGAAUUUGCACGUUUCGAUCAAGAACCCGAUCGUUAUCUAAAGCACACAGCCGAAACCAUGGGAGGCCGUACUACGGCGGUGGACGUUGGUUUUGAGCGUUUCCUUGCUCCUGAAAUCUUCUUUAAUCCUGAAAUUGCUUCCUCUGACUUUUUAACUCCUUUACCCGAACUUGUUGAUAACGUUGUGCAGAGCUCGCCAAUUGACGUUCGUAAAGGUUUAUACAAAAACAUUGUUUUGUCUGGUGGUAGUACACUGUUUAAAAAUUUUGGACAUCGCCUUCAGAGAGACAUUAAGCAUAUUGUUGAUGAACGCAUUCAUCGCAGUGAAAUGCUAUCUGGUGCCAAGAGUGGUGGUGUAGACGUUAAUGUAAUUACUCACAAGCGACAGCGCAAUGCUGUAUGGUUCGGCGGAAGCUUGCUUGCUCAAACUCCCGAAUUUGGAGCCUACUGCCAUACCAAGGCCGAUUAUGAAGAGUAUGGUGCCUCCAUCGCUCGUAGAUAUCAAAUCUUUGGCAAUUCUCUAUAA